GUCUACGUCAUUAUCAUAAUUCUACAAGAUCUGUUUUCAUCUUCUCCUCUAACCUGAAAAGCUUCUUGUCUGAAGUUCUGGCCUCCCCAUUCAAAUUUACUGUUAUCCCGGCUUCUGCUAGUAAACACCAAUGCGGUUAGCCAGCCUGCUAGAAUCUUCUCGUUCACGCAACAAUUGUGCAACUAAUUUACUUUGCGAUGUAUUGUUUGAUUAGGGUCAGGACGGUCGCACAAAGAUGAGCGUUGGGGGGCAUUUCACGAGCAUGAUCCACCCACAGCACAAUGGAGGCAGUCACCAUCUUGGACAGAGAGAGUGCGUGUGUGUAGCGAUCGAAUCCAUGCUGAGCUGAAAGGCAAUGGGUGCAGGAAGUAGUUCAACGAGGCGACAGGGACAGGUCAUUCAGGCGUCGCAAAUCACUAGCGAGGCGCUAAUCGUCGCUGACGGUCAGGCCCAGGGCGCUAGCGGCAGCGACUUGUUCAAGUCGUCUUUGGAGCGUGUUGACGCGUCUCUGGAUUGUGAAGUACUGGAGUCGCGAGCGCCUAGUCCGAGCAAACUGUCGGGAACUCUAAGCAAGCAAUCAUCCCACGGACGACUGAUAACAAAGUCAGUGUCGUCCACACGGGCACAGAGCACAGACAAUGGACCAACUCCAACAACUCCCCAAGCAGCAGCAAAACCGGCAGCAGAACCACCAGCCUCACCAAAGACGAAACUCAUAUUCAAACGCUCUCCUUCCGCAGCUUCAGCAGUAACACAACCACCCAACAUUAGUUCCAGCAAGCUUCCACGCAGGCCAUCACAGCCAUCACCAGAUACACGUACCAAACCACCAAUCACCGACACUGCCCAGCUUUUUGCCAGAUCCCCACUCCAGCAGCAACUUGCCGAGAGCGAGGCGCAGCUGCAGAAGAAAUCAGAAGAGAACGCUCAUUUACGCAAUGAGAUUAAGCUGUUGCAGGGUGUUGUAGCCAAACUGCAAACAAAGCAGAAUGCAGCUGCAGACAUGCUGAAGGAUGCACUGGAGCGUUGCAAGAGCAUCGAGAUGGAAAAGGAAAGGGUGUUGACGGCCUUCGAUGCAUUCCGAGACCACAAGGAAGCAGAGAUCAGUGCCCUGCUCUGCACCAAGGAGGAGCUCGAGCGUCGCAUUCAGCAAUCGGCACAGUGGCAUUGCGGCAGCUGUGCGGUGCAUGGCCGACGUCAGGAAUACCUGAGCGACAUGUUUGCCACUCCGACAUCGGAGACGGCUCCGUUGGGUCUUGGUGAAUAUAGUCCGGGUGAGGAAGUGGUCAAUCCUAUGAUCAGCAUGGCUACACCUCCAGGCGCUAUUGGUGGAGCCACACUGUCUUCCCAAGUCAAUGUGGCUCCGGUCACUGACGUGGUGGUAUGUGUGUCUGGGUGCCUGGGCGUGGAAGAAGAGGUGAAGCACUUUCUUGAGCGGUGCACUGUGCUGAAGCACUGGUGUGCCAGGAACGGCUGCCUCCUAACACUGGUCAACUGCUUGCCAUCGUCCUCCAGUGCACCACAGCUUGUACGCUGUUCCACGCCAUCGGCAUCACAGACGGACAGCGUGCGUGCUAUUGUCCGUCAGGAGAUCGAACACUGCGACGCAUUUAUUUCAUUCAUUGCCGAAGACAUCAACAGGAUGACACGCGACGAAGUGGAGGGGAGCCUGUCGAAAGACGGCCAGUGUGAGCUGUGCAUUUUCUGCUUCAACAACAAUCGCACAAGUAAAGACAGCGGACAUCCUGGAGAGUCUGAACCACAGCAACAGAAGGCUGCAGCUUUGCUCAAAAGCAAUCGGGCGUAUUCCGGCAGGGGCAGUGACGGCAGAACGCCUGCAUUGUAUGCAGCAAUUGAGAAACAAAUUUUGAAGUCCAGCAAGUCCAAGAUUGUAAAUGGUGAUUCUGUGGAGGAGAGGGCCACAGUUGUGUUUGAUAUGCUGGACUCCUAUGUACAACAGGUGCUUGGAAGAACCCGGUCGUCAUCGGAAUCGACCGCAGAUUUGGCAGAGAAGGUGCUGAAGAUUGAUAUUGAUACUGAUCGCCGUCUGGACAUGUUUCGACUGCGGAAGGAUGCAGUGCAGCAGAGCAUUCUGAAGCAGCAUGCUAGCUACCCAUUGGUACCUGCCCUGGAGAAGUAUAUCGACAAAUUGGACGAACACGUGUCUGAUGUUGGCCCGUUACCACCUCUGCUCAUCCUUGGUGAUCCCGGUAGUGGCAAGACAACAUUACUAGCCCACUGGCUCACGAACCACCAGCAAAGCAACCGUACUCAGCACAUACUCCACCACUUUGUGACGUCAUCUGCCUCGUCCACGGCAAAUACGAGACAAAUGACUCAGCGCUUUGUCUGGCAUUUGAUGCAGUGGCUGGGGGUCCAUGACUAUCGCAACCUGGACAUGUGCCAAAUUGAGGAAUUCCCAACUCUUCUUGACCAGGUCUCGUCCAGGCAAGCGAAUGGCGUUGUCCUUGUCUUGGAUGGCAUCGAGAGGAUAGAGGAUCAAUCCAAACUGUCCUGGCUACUAGAGCCACUGCCCGUCGAGACAAGAGUGAUAGUAGCAUGCAGUCGUGACCUUUGUCCACUAAAAUGGAGAACUUGGCCCACGCUGGACGUUGAUGCGUUGUCUGCACGGCAUACCAAGACACUGCUACGGCAUUUCAUGGGACCCUUGCAUAAGCUACUUGUUCCAGAUCAGGAAAUGUCACUGAGUGGGGAAGUAGGGCAGACAACGUCUAAUCCACUGUUUACUGUUCUGCUGAGCCGUCAUCUUGCAAGUGACAGUGAUCCAAGCACGUUAGCUGUGCGCAUUCAGUCUGGACUGGACUGUAAGUCAAUACACAAACUGCUACAUCACAUCUUCGAUGGACUCGACUUACUCAUAACUGUUCCGACAGACGUCUUGAAGAAGGUGUUCUGCUUGGUCUAUGUUUCACAAGAUGGUGUAGUCCAGGAUGACCUACUGCAGCUUUGCGACAUCACAUGGAUCAGCUGGCUGCGCCUUCGCUACAUUCUCACGCGUCAUCUUCUGAUUGUCGUGCACGGCGGGACAGUCAUGCUGAAUGGACCACACGUACGCUCUGUGGUGGAGGAGCUGUAUCUGAACAAGCCUGAAGAGCAUGCCGAGUACCGCAGCUGUCUCCUACGGCAGCUUAUCAGCCGAUUCGAAUCGGGCUACCGAAGUGUGCAGCUAUGGGAAGAGCUCGUCAGCCUCUUUUCUCAGCAGACACACGCGGAUCAGAAAGUACUGGAGCGGUUUCUGGUCGAUGCAGAUGUGGUACUGGACAUGCUAAUGGCAGGGAACUGUCCUCUCCUUCUAGAAACAUGGCUGAAAACAGGCAAAGAAAAGAGGGACAUUGCUUCCAUAUGCUGCAAAAUGGCCAUGGAAGGCAAUUCUCAGUGUGACCAGGCUGAGUUGUAUCGGAGUACCAUUCUCAUGUCAGCUGUAAGCAGCUUUGCCGUUGAGUUCCUGGAUUGCCCAACAAAGGGAAUAGCAUUGGCACGGCAAUGCCUGUCAAUCAGGGAAGACAUACUGGAUCCAGACCAUCCGUCCGUGGCCAGAGCACUGCACUGCCUUGCAACUAUCCACCUGCAUAUUGGACAAGUCGAUACGGCAGUACAGUUGAUCCAGCAGGCAACCAGCAUCACUGAAGACACUCUGGGUACCAUGUCGAGACAAAUGGCUGAUCAUUUCUGUCUGCUCGGGAUGAUUGCCAAAAAGCAGAACAGGCAAGACGCAGCAGAACAGUUUCAGCUCAAAGCCAUAUCGACGCUACAGGAGGUUGCCAAGAGCACAGUUGCAACAACAGUGCCUCAUGUGGCAAGGCCUACUGUCUUUGGUCAGCCAGAGUUUGGUCUUUCAGCUAGCAAGCGUGCUGAAGCGGCUUCAUCGCUGGACACAGCCAAAACCCUCAAUCAGCAAGCCAUGCUGUUCUACAUGCAAGCGGAUUACAAGCGGGCAGAGACAUUAUUCAUGGAGGUACUGAGUAUGCGUAAACAAGUCUAUGGUAGUGGUGGUGGUGAUAUGCAUGGUGAUGUAGCGCAGUCUCUGUGCAACCUGGGUAUGCUCUACACCGACAUGGGCAGAUACAGUGAAGCUGAGCCACUCCUAGAGCAAUCGAUUUCAAUCCAACAGCAGGUGCUGGAUGGCAGUCAAUCUAACAAGGCUCUACUGUCUUCUAUAAAUCUCCUAGCAGUGCUACACCGAAAACAGGGCCACUACAGUGAAGCACAGGCAUUAUACAAGCGCGCUCUGUCAAUUGAGGAGAAAUGCUUUGGGCCGACUCACCUGAAUGUAGCGUCAGUACUCUGUGACCUUGCUGCUACCUACUAUCAUCAGACCAAUCAGAAGAAAGCAAUGCCUCUAUACGCUCGAGCACAUGCUAUCUAUCAGGAAAUCCUUGGUGCUGGUCAUCCAAAGAUAGCGGAGUGCGAGCAUAAUAUUCUCCUGUGCCAACAACCAGUGAAGCAAUAGUGUAUUUGACAGCAAGACGUAGCAUCGUCCGAUCAACUACGCACCAAACUACUCUACUUCACUGUGACCUGGGCCUGGACUUCAUCAGUGUGUGUUUCAGCUAUGGCCGUGCGUGCGGUGACGUCGUGUGGCUUUCAUGGAUCAAAGGUGAUGAGAACCGGGAGCAAGUUCCCUCGUUGCUAUUCCCGACUGCUUCCUACUGCACACUGGCCGGAUUAAUAUGUUCUGGGAAAGGCAACACGGAGUGUGUCUGAUAUCGAUGGCAAGAGAAGGAACUAAAUACAUGCAGUGCGAGGUGCAUCUUUCCAGGGCCAGCACUUUGAAAAAGCGCAGUCAUGCCUCAUCUUCAAUAGUAUGUCCCGGUAGCUUUCAUUCACUUCAGAGAAAAUUGAGCUGGACGACAAAGCCCGACCUAAUGGUAUUCAAAAAUUGAUGAGCAGCACAUAACUGCAUCGUAAAGAAAGGGUGGCUUGUCAGCUGUCAACCGUUCUAUUCAGUUGCUUCUCGCUCUAAUCGCCGUCAAGCGCUGAGUUACUUUUAAGAAACAAGUAAUUGUCCUGUAAAAUCUUACUGUUUUGGGCCAGUUGCCUUUUGUGGCAACAAUAAUGCAUGCUGAUGCAAUUCUAAUCAUGCCAUUGCCUACAGUGAAGACCUACUGGUUCUUUAUUGUAGUGGCACUCAAUUGUUUCUUGACGAAAAUCUCGAUGAUUUAUGAACUAUUUUCAAGUUCUCAUACAGACUUUCAAGUAGUACAGUAUUAUUUUCGCUUUCAUCCAGUAAUGGCAGUUGGAGUUCAUGACAGCAUACAUGUUGUGCCUGUGCCAUAUCUGCCACGAGAUAUGCAAGGGAAAUCCAAUAGAUACAAGACCAAAUUCCUAC